CAAGCCGAUGCGGCUCGACCAGGCGACCGACUUUGAGGGCACGUGCGUCGACAUGUGCCCCGAGUGGGAGCGCGAGGAGCGCGAGUACCAGAACAACGUCGACCCGCUCGAGCGGUACCCGGGCACGACCCGCAUCGACCCCUCGCGCGCCGUCAAGGCGUUCCACCGCCCGGCGGCCGGCAACGACCAGCCGCUCCCCUCGGACGUCCGCCCGCCUCGCGUCCUCCACCAGACGCUCGACUACCUGUUCCACACGCUCCUCCCGACGCUCCCGCUCGCCCAGACGCACCCGUUCCUGCGCGACCGCACCAGGUCGGUCCGCCAGGACUUUACCGUCCAGAACGUCCGUGGCCCGAGCGCCAUCGAGUGCAACGAGCGCAUCGCGCGGUACCACAUCCUCGCUGUCGGUGCCCUGCGCGAGCAGAGCGGGUUCAGCGAGAGCCAGGAGCUCGAGCAGCUGCGCAAGGUCCUCAAGUCGCUCAACGAGUUCUACGACGACGCGCGCGUGUCGGGCGUCGCCGUCCCCUCGCCCAACGAGGCCGAGUUCCGCGCCUACAACCUCCUCACGCACCUGCGCGACCCGGACAUCGUCUGGUCGACCGAGCUCCUGCCCCGGUCCCUCUUCACCCACCCGCUCCUCCAACGCGCCCUCGCCCUGCACCGCCUCGCCCAACGCGCCAACCUCGCCCGCGGCGAGCGCGCGUCCCCUUUUGCGUUCGCGCGCCUGUUCAAACUCGUCGCCGACCGCGACACGCCGUACCUGUUUGCGUGCAUCCUCUGCACGCACUUUGCCGAGGUGCGCAAAGGGGCCCUCGAGGCGCUCAGGGCGGCGUUCCUGAGGCAGCACAGCGCGCUGCCGCUCGCGACCGUCGCGAGGAUGCUCGGGUGCGACGACGAGGCCGAGGCGAGGAGCGUGUGCGAGCUGGUCGGGCUCGUCGUCAGGGUCGACGAGGGAGGGGUCGCGGUCGCAGAGAUUCACAAGCAGGCGGUCCUCAAGGCCACGACGCUCAAGCCGCACGUCUCGCUGCGCCUCGUCGAGGCCAAGCGCGGCAAGGCGUCGUACCAGGACGUCAUCGACGGCAAGACGUCCGGCGCCGCUCCUGUCGUCGCGGCGGCGCCCGUUCCCGCUCGACCGGCUCGCCCACCUCCCGCCGCC